AUGGGAAUGUCUGAAGAGCAAAAUUUAAUUAAUAAUUCUAUGGAUACUCCAAAAAAUUGGAAAUGGAGAAUGUUCAAUAUUGUAAUGCUUGGUAUUGGAUUUUUAAUAAUUUAUGUUUCAUAUAAUACAACUGAAAACUUUAUGACUAGUUUAUAUGGUAAUUAUGGAAUGAUUUCUUUAUCAAUUAUUUAUUUCUCUUUUGCAGUUAGUGGAUUUAUCGUUCCUUUGAUUCUCAGAAGAAUUGGAGAACGUUGGUGUCUUAUUGUUGGAGGUUUUUGUAUUAUUCCAUUUUUGUUAAUAAAUAUAUUCCAAAAAAGUUAUCUAUUGAUUAUAUUUAGUUUCUUUGUAGGAUUUGGACAGAGUAUUACUUGGUGUGCACAAGGAAGUUUGUUAACUAGAUGCUCUAAACCCGAAAAAAGAGGCAGAAACUCUGGAAUAUUCUUUUUUGUUUACCAAUUGAAUCAAACACUUGGAAAUGGAUUUGCAUAUGUUAUGACUCUAUCUGGACUUGAUUUAAAAUAUCUAUUUAUUAUUUUUUCUUCUCUUUGUCUUAUUGGUAUUAUUCCAUUUCUUUUCAUUAAAAUGAAUGUACUUCCAGAAAUAGAAAAGGUGAGUUUGAAAACAGAUUUAAGAAGUCUAAAAAAAGUUAUUGUUUCAAAGAAGUUACUAUUGAUGUUACCUAUCUUUAUUUAUUCAGGGUUAAGUCAAUGUUAUAUUUAUGGAGAAGUAACAGCUAUGUUUGGUGUUGAAUAUGUUUCUAUUGCAAUGUGUAUUUUUGGAACAACAAAUAUGAUUACCUCAUUAAUUUUUGGAAAACUAGGUGAUAUGAUUGGGAAGUUUAUUGUCUUUGUUAUUUCUGGAUUUGUAAUGGUUCUUGGUUUGAUAGCUAUCAAUAUUCACUACUUCUUGAACCAUAUAGCAUCAAUACCAAUACUCUUAUUUGUUGCUAUAAUUUGUAUCGCAAUUUCAGAUGGUGGGUUUAAUACUCAAAUAGAUGCUUUACUUGGUAAAUAUUUUCAGUUUGAGAGUGAUGCUGCAUUCUCAAUAUUUUAUUCAGUUCAAAGCUUAGUCUCAGGACUAGGAUUUCCAUUAUUUAUUUUUCUAAUAAAAAUAAUACCAUUGGAGCAAUGGUAUCGUUUAUUACAAAGUACUAUUCUAGUUAUACUAGUGGGUAUUUCGUUAGUUUCAGAGUUUAUCUUAGACCAUAAAAGUUUUGAAACAGAAGAAUAA